GUUCGGAGCGUGAAAGUAUUUAGUUUUGUAAGAGUUCGAAUUGCAAAGAAAUCAGUGGAUCGCGGGAUUUAUAAAUAAUCGGCAGUGGUUUGGUAAAAGGUUAUACAAAGUUGCCUUUUUAUCAAAAAUCUGCAACUAUAAAAACAAAUUCUGUUAUAGCUUAGUAAACAGUUUUUUAAAUUGCAACGGUUGUCAUAUAAGAGACAGUAGAGUAAACUUUUUUUUUUUUUGUAAGUAAUAAAAAAAAUUAAUGAAGCUUUAUCUCAAGUGCUCAAGUGCUUAAAGCAGUGUAACAAAAGUCUUCAAAAUGUUUUACUAUAUUUGAAAUACACAAUCAUAUAUAUAUAUAUAUAUAUAUAAGCACAUAGGGGUCACGGCCACCAGCUGUUGCAGCCGGCUGCCCAACUCAGACCCAAAAUUGUUUCGCGUGAAUCCUAAUGUUCUCUAUUAACAUCUGGCGCAUGCCCGCAUUAUACUUAUCUCGAUUGUAUUGUGUUUGCUUUGUCUAUUCGGAGAAGUCCGCUGUUGCUGGUUGCAACAAGUUAAAUAUAAGAGACAUUGCAUUUAAACAAAGCCAAGACGAGUGUGCGUCUGCUCGUAAAUGUUAAAAAAGGAUAAGGCCACGUCACCAUGGGUUACGAUGAAGUUAUUAAAUAUUUGGGUGAUUUUGGUCGGUAUCAAAGGCAAAUUUACUUUUUACUCUGCUUACCAGCUAUAUCGUGUGCGUUUCACAAGUUAGCCGGAGUAUUCUUGCUCGCGCGUCCGAAUUUUCGUUGCAUUCUACCGUUCGAAGAUGUAAACGCGACAUACGAAAGCUUUCCUCAGCAACAAUGGAACCUAACAUAUCCUUAUGAUCCGUUGACGGGCAAAUGGCAAAUGUGCGAAUAUUACAAUCGGGAUUACACAGACGAUUAUCUAAAUGGGUCGACAGUUAACGCUACAAUCGAUACUAAAGAAUGCGAGAACUUUGCCUAUGAACGGACUCGAUACGAGAGUAGCGCUGUAACCGAAUGGAAUUUGGUAUGUAGCCGCAGUCUGUUAAGCGCUACUAGUGAUUCCCUAUUUAUGUUGGGCGUACUACUUGGCAGUAUUGUGUUUGGUCAGCUCUCCGAUAAAUACGGACGUAAACCUAUUUUCUUCGCCUCGUUGGUCAUGCAAGAAGUGUUUGGCGUUUUAGCUGGAAUAGCUCCUGAAUAUUUUACUUAUACUGUUUCGCGAAUGAUUGUUGGCGCUACAACGUCUGGAGUAUUUUUGGUGGCUUAUGUUAUUGCCAUGGAAAUGGUUGGCCAAUCUUAUCGUUUGUUUGCUGGCGUUGCUUGUCAAAUGUUUUUUUCCGUGGGCUUUAUGCUCACCGCUGGAUUUGCUUAUUUUAUACGCGAUUGGCGAUGGCUACAAAUAGGCCUUACGUUACCAGGUCUCUUGUUUAUGUGUUACCAUUCCAUUAUACCGGAAUCGGCCCGCUGGCUUUUAUCAAAAGGCCGUAAAACCGAAGCGAUUGCGGUAAUCGACAAGGCAGCCGAAAUUAACGAUGUUAAUAUACCUCAAGUAGUUUACGACAAUCUAAUGGAAGAAACUAAUGGAAGUGACGCAAUGAAAGUGAGCAAUGGCAGCAACGAAAGAACUCCAUCCAUUUUUGAUCUUAUGCACUAUCCUAAUUUGAGACGAAAAACAUUAUUAAUAUUUUUUGAUUGGUUUGUUAACAGUGGCACGUACUAUGGUCUCUCUUGGAAUACUAACAAUUUGGGCGGCAACGUGUUGCUGAACUUUGUGCUAUCUGGUGCGGUGGAGAUACCCGCUUAUAGUUUUUUAUUGUUAACACUUAAUAAAUGGGGACGCCGAUCGAUACUUAGCGGUUGUAUGUUAACAGCAGGUGUAAGUCUUAUACUUACAAUUAUCGUACCUAGCGAUAUGAAUUGGUUAAUCAUAGUUUUAGCCAUGGCUGGAAAAUUGGCGAUCACAUCAUCGUACGGAACAAUUUAUUUAUUCUCGACUGAACAAUUUCCCACCGUAGUUCGUAAUGUUGGUUUAGGCGCUUCUUCUAUGGUGGCCCGUAUAGGCGGAAUAUUAGCGCCAUAUUUGAAUUUAUUGGGACAAUUUUGGCGACCGUUGCCUUUAUUAAUAUGCGGAGCUUUAGCUCUCUUAGGUGGAUUACUAUCCCUUAUGCUUCCCGAGACUCUUAACAAAAGCCUGCCGGAAACUAUGGAAGAUGGUGAAAAAUUCGGUCGAAAACAGAGGAGUUCAGAUGGUCGUGAUAGCAAUAAUGAAGAUGGCGAAGAACUCACUACCAUGAUCACAAAACAUAAUGGCAAAAUAAUAUCAUGUACUUAACUUAAUUAUGUUAAAUUCAAAUUUUCGAUAAUAAUUAUAAGUUAAUUAAUAAUAUAAGUACAUUGGAAAUUGUAAUGUAAAC